CAGAAGAGCGCAGAUAGGCCGCUAUAUAAACCACAUCUGCCUCUGCGUUUGCUGAGUGAACCGACGCAGACGGACCAAAGCGCGCUACUCGCUACAGCACCUGCUCCUCCAGAGCAAACCUCCACACACAGCCCUGAACCCACAUCCACCAUGCUGCCUGAGACCCUCACGCUCGCGCUGCCCUGCUCGCGCUCCCGGUGGGGCUCGGUGGUCGUCAUGGUGCUGCUCAUCCUGUCCGCCACCGCCACGUGCGCAUGCUGCACCACUGUAGAGCACGACCUCCACAUCGUCCACAAUGUGGAUAACAGAAGUCCAGAGAUUGACCCGUUCUGGUACGUGGGGCGCGGCGUGAGGCCUAUCGGUCGCUUCGGUAAGCGGGAGAGCCUGCGUAGUGUGCAGCCUGUGCUUGGUUCUCUCGAGCUGUUGCUCAGUGCCCUCCGAAGCGAGGAGGGCGCACGCGGGGUCAGGACCUCAGGCACUGCCCAUGACGAUGAGGACUGGCUACCGUGACCACGCCUCCAGCCACCAGCUUUACAUUUCUGUGUGUCCACAUUUCCCCCCAGAGUUUCUUCUCUCUGCUGAUGUUUUACCUUGUUUAUUUCACUGAACUCAAAUGGCAUUCUGUACAUAUGCAAAUGCAAUCUAUAUUGAUAAAUAAAUGGGUAAACAUCACGUGUUGUAAAUGCAUUCCAUAUGCUGUAACACAGCUGCACGUACAGAAUUGUCUUGAUGUACACU